AUAGUUUUAUUUCAUCAAAAAAUCAAGUCUAACUUUUGAAAAUUUCCCUAAAAUGUUUGGUUUGGUUUUGAACCUGCGUAGCGUGAAGCAGAAACUAGGAUGAAUCUUCUAGAUUCAGAAAUCGGAGAGAAAAUCAGAGUUGAGAUCGAUAAAUUGAGAGAAGAUUUAGGAUCACAACUUAGCAAUGCAAACCAAACCUCAUCUAGUCGGGAGUCAGAGGUUCGUGAUGAACUGCGUGAAUUGAGUUCUGAACUAAGAACAUUGUUCGGUAAAAUGGAAACUAUCUCCACACAACUCGAAGAUGUUCAGGAGAAGAUGUAUGAUUUCGAGCAGAAUAAGAGAAAUAAUCUGAUCUUUUACGGGCUGUACCAAGAAUUUAAAGAAAAUCAGGAAACCCUUAGGCAAAAAAUUGUCAGUUUAUUGAAGCAAGAUUUGAAUAUUAGACGCGAUCUACCAAUUGUCAAAGCAACGAGAAUAUACACAGGUCCAGAAGUCCAAGGGACCCGACCUGUUCUUGUAACAUUCGAAAACUUUAAGGAUAGAGAGGAUGUUCUAAAAAAUUCCAAGGUACUGAAAAAAUCAGCUGUAACCGUAACAGAAGACUUGUCUAAGAGAACUAGAGAAAGCAGACAAGAGCUACGGAGGUUUAUGAGACAGAUAAAGAAGAAAGCCCCUGAACGAGUAUGCAGACUGGAAUAUGAUAAACUCUACCUAGAUCAUAAAAUAUAUGUUUGGAAUGAUAUACGCGGCCAGGUCGUUGAAAUCUCCGAGGUUGAGAAGGUUCAAGAUUCAGGUUUCAGAUCCAACUCCGCUGCUCCUCCCAGGGGAGGUUUAGCCCGAGGGUUGAGCCUAUCCUCUCCUAAUGUAUCCGGGGACCCAGAUCUUCUGGAUAGAAUCAGAGGACUAGAGAGACAGAUACAGAUACAGCAGAGCAUUAUCAGUGAACAAAGGCAGCAGAUAGCAACUACAGGAGACGGUGCAGCUUCUAUAGGAAUGGCAGCUGUUGAAGAAGCAGCUAACGUGGGAAAAGCAGUUGAGGAUGAGCAGCAAAUAAACGGGAUAAUAUCCUCAGAUGAAAAAAGGUGUACAGAUUCCCCAGAGGGGGUUCAGAAUGGAGAAGAAUAACAUUUUACAUCACUGAUUUUGUAAAAGAAUACCGAUUUUAGAAUUGAAUAAACAUUUUAAAAAGUCCA